AUGAGCUUGGGGAAGUCGAGGUAGUAAUGAAGUCAAAAAUGGUGUCACUCGGAAGCCAAGAUUUCCGGUAAGCUCUCCUAUCUACAAAACUUCCACCUCUAUCGUACCAUGCGGGACGUUGGGAGCCGGUCACUUUUCACAAUUUCGCACCGCCUCGAAUAGACGCGUAUUAAAGAUCGAGACGGGUAGAAGAGGGCCAGGCAGAAAGUUAUUGGAUUAUAAAGAGCUUUCAGGCGCUCCUCGGAGAAUAACAACACUAACGAGUUCUCUCUUCCCAAACAAUACUCUACCCUUUGGAUCGCGACACAACUUUAAACAUGUCGCCCAAGUCAAAGCAACCUCAGCCAGCGCAUAGCUCGCAUGGUUAUGAGUUCGGCGGUCCAUUCGGUACCGCUGCCAUUACGUUCGGUCUUCCCAUUCUCUGCUACAUCUUCGCCUUUGGAUGUAACGAUAUUUCCGGUUGUCCCGCGCCAUCGCUAUUAAGUCCAAAAACAUUGUCCAUCGAGAAAUUGAAGGCCGAGGUAGGAUGGCCCGAGGACGGUAUCUUAGGUCUGGCUAGCUGGAAAGCUACCGGCUGGACUCUAGCAUACUACUUCUUCAGCGCUCUUCUAUACCGUAUUCUCCCCGCUACCGAAGUUGAGGGUACGGAAUUGUCGUCCGGAGGCAGGCUAAAGUAUAGGUUCAACGCUUUCUCCUCGUACAUGUUCACCCUCUCUCUCUGCCUUGCCGGUACUAUUGCGCAGGGAGCCGAGUUUCCCGUAUGGACCUUCAUUGCCGACAACUACGUACAGAUUCUGACUGCCAACAUCCUCAUUGCUUACGCACUUGCAACGUUUGUCUAUGUCCGUAGCUUUUCUGUGAAGCCAGGUAACCCUCAGUUUCGACAGCUCGCCGAGGGUGGCUGCUCUGGGAACCUGAUCUACGAUUUCUAUAUGGGACGGGAGCUCAACCCUCGUGUUACCCUUCCAAUCAUCGGCGAGAUUGAUAUCAAGGAGUGGAUGGAGCUACGCCCCGGCAUGCUUGGCUGGAUCCUUUUAAACUGUGCUUUCAUCUCCAAGCAGUACCGCACCUUCGGCUACGUGACUGACAGCAUUGUAUUCGUCGCCAUCGUACAGACUGUCUACUGUUUGGAUGCAGUGUACAUGGAACCCGCUAUUCUUACGACCAUCGAUAUUACCAACGACGGUUUCGGCUUCAUGCUGUCCUUCGGAGAUCUCGUCUGGGUCCCCUUCAUUUAUAGCCAGCAAACACGAUACCUAUCUACACACCCAGUGACCCUCGGCUGGCUAGGUAUUACAGGGGUUUCCAUUCUCCUAAUUGCAGGUUUCGGUAUCUUCCGGUUAAGCAACCUCCAGAAGAACAUCUUCCGCACGAACCCUAGCGACCCGCGUGUUGCUCAUAUCAAGUAUAUCGAGACCAAGACGGGUUCACGAUUGAUGACAUCAGGCUGGUGGGGUGUCGCAAGACACAUCAAUUAUUUCGGUGAUUGGCUGCAGUCGUGGCCGUAUGCAUUGCCCACUGGUUUUGCCGGAUACGUUAUCCUGCCAGCUGGCAGCAAUGUUGAAGGUGCUAUCAAGACACUCGACGGGAGGGAAAUAGUACAAGGCCCAGCCAAGUACUGGGGUAUGCUUUUCACUUACUUCUACGUUGUUUACUUUGCCGUCCUUCUAAUUCAUCGCGACGGCCGAGACGACGAGAAGUGUGCGAAGAAGUACGGAGAGGACUGGGAGAAGUACAAGAGCAUUGUGAAGUACAAGAUUGUACCAGGUAUCUACUAGGUCUAUCUAAGUACCUUAUUAAGAAGAAGAUGCGACUGUAAGAUGGAUAGUGCAGAUACAGUGACAGGGUUAUAGGACCUAGGGGGUAGUUGAAAAUGAAAAGGGGGGGUAAUAGGGGAAAAUAUGUAAUGUAUAUUCUCAACUUAGGUCCUACCUUGAUUGACUACGCAGGUACAUCAUGUAGGUAGGUAAUGUUGGAAUAAAUCAUAUUAGGUACCUGAAACCGCAGUAUCCGGGCACUGGGUACCUACAUGUAUGUAUCUCCCAUGGCCCAAGUUGUGGAUCACUUAGGAAACAACGAUGUUGAUGCCUUCCACCUCAACUCU